UGGAACGGCGAAGGAUGCUGAAUUCUUUUUGAUUUUCGUUCGUCCCUGCAGCCAGCUUGGCUGGCGUGCACUUGCCCUUGGAAGAGAUCGCGCUGACCAGCUCGGCUCAGAUCCGCAAGCUGGAAAUCAUCAUGGAGGAGUUGGACAAGAGGCUGGGCCGGCGCGACCCCGAGUGGGACGUCAGCUCGAUCCACAAGAAAGAUCUCCUGGCCACUCUCCAUCUGCUGGUUGCCAUGGUGAGACAUUUCCAGCCCGAGCUGGAGUUGCCCUCCGACGUGAAGGUUCAAGUUGCGCUCGUGGAAGUGAGCGGGACGGGGAUCCGAUCAGACGUUCGAAGCGAAGUCCUAACAGGAGAGAGCAGCCAUUCGGACAACCUCGGCAGCACCCACGGGGACGCUAAUCAAGUCGAGGAGCUGCUGAGGAUGGAGGCUCACGAGGUCGCACUGGCGAAGCAGGUAGAAAAACCACGAGGGGAAAGCCGGGGCAAGGCCUUGUUGGAUUUUACAACCUUUGCGUCUUUCGUGGCAUCAAGUUUUUGUGGCCCGACGCGGAUAAACGUGUUAAUGGUGUCGCGGAGUGCAAAGUUCUGCAACAAGUUUUUGAAUUGAAUCAAAAUAUCACUCAAAGUCAUCAAAAAGCAAAGUGUGGUGAGUCUCUGUCACCCCAAUGUAUCAAUGUCGCAUCACUGGUGAGCUAUUUUUAGAACAGACCUCUGGGGUACUCGUGUUCUACUUGAUGGUAACUACUACCCGGUGGAACUUUAUUAUUAUUAUUUUUUUACUUUUAGGAAAAUGCCCAUUAAUCAACAGAGCAAAUAGCCAUCCAUGUUUGCAGUUUCUCUUUUUGCCUUACUCCCUCCCUUCAUCUCCGCGCAUA